CUGGGAAUAAAUUGACAGAGUUACAAGUUUAUCUACAUUUAUUAAUUAAAUAAUUGAUAAGUAUUAAGUAAUAGUAAUAAUUUAAAAACGUGCAAUUUAGUAUUUAGUAUUUACUAUUUUACUAGAUAGAAUCAUUAAAAAAGGCGUUCAAUUUUCAGAUUUACAAAAUGGCAGCUGAAGAAUUACAAAAACAAUUCCAACACGAAUUGGAUGCUUUUAAACAAUGUCAAAAAGAAAUAAAUCAAUUGGCUGGAAUGCGUCAACAAUUGGAUGGUCAACUAAAUGAAAACUCUAUUGUCAAAGAAGAGUUAGCUCUUCUAAAACCUUCAGGUGAAGUAUAUAAAAUGGUUGGCCCUAUAUUACUACGUCAAGAUCACACAGAAGCUAAAGAAAAUAUUGAUAAACGUAUGAGUUAUAUAAAAAAUGAACUGCAAAGAAUUGAUGAUCGAAUACACACACUAGAGGGUACACAAGAUCAGUAUAGGGAAUCUCUUACUAAAUUACAACAACAGUUUCAAGCUCAACAAGAAAAAAAGUGAUCAAUCAUAUCAAAUCAAAUGAUGAAAAUUUAUACCACUAACUAUUUAAUGUGUCUUAAUUCAUUAAAUUAUUAAUAUUUUUUUUUAUAAUAAUAUCGCUAAUAAUAUAAUAAAAUGUAAUCAAUAUUCAAUAUAUCUAUGAACUUACAUAAAUAGCUUAUUUAAUUUUCUAGUAAAUAAUAAAUAUUUGUUCCAUGCUAAUUCAAUUUUAUGUUAAUUAUAAAGUAUAUACUAAAUAUAAUAAUGUUUAUCAAUCA